CAACGGACCACAGCGCGGCUCCCGCUCAACAAUCAUGGACCUGCGUUGCCUCAAGUGCUUCACCGCCACCGAGCCGAAGCCUCUUGAGGACGCUACGAAGCUGCCGUACUCGCUGUCUGAGGGUGAUACUGUGGCUGCGCCAGAACCGGAGAAGCCAGUCUUCAUAAUCCCGUCCCCGAGGAAGCCAACGCUCGAGCCUGCGCCGCUCGAGGAUGCAACCAAUGACAAUGUCGUCAGCAACGCCCAGCGCUAUGCCCAGGACGCCUGGGAGCGCGCUCAGGCUGCUGCGAGCAUGCGGCGCAAGCAGUCUUCGGCAUCGCUUUGAGAGCCUCGCGUUGUCGCGUUGCUGUUGGCUUGAACGUUGGGUUGGGGAUGUGUCUAGUGGGCGUCAGCAAGUGUCAGCCGGGAAAAAUUCAGAACGCAGAGCAGGUAGCGUAGAGCAGGCAGCGUUCUCACAAGUCAGAGAUCAGCAUGAGUCUGACGCCCCACAUUGCGCAUAAAGCUCAUGUCUCGUCCGUGACCAGAGACCACAGCUCUCGCAGCUGACGUGUCUCGUGUGGGCUGUGGCGUCACUAGUCUUUAGUUGAGGUGCUCCAAUCGUUCUUGUAUUCAGCACGCCACAGUCAAAUUCACAACACUCCCGGCUUUAGAAAGUACACGCACAAGUGGGCGACGACAGGCCUGCUCUCUCACGUGCGCUGCGGCGACGCCUCUGGUGCGGACGAUCUCUUCUAGACCGGAUCGUACACGCACGCGUCGGCCCGCGCUCUCACGGCCCGAACUCGGCCGCCCUCCUCCUCCGCGCCGCCUUCCUCCGCCACAGCCGCUGCGUCGCCUGCAGCCGGAAGCGGACGAGGCCUCUCCGGCGGCCGGGCCGAGAGAGCGACUCCUCGAGCCGCUCGAGUGUGUCUGCCUCGGCCGCCUGCCGGGCGCGCGGGGGGGUAAGGGGGGUGGGACUGGAGAGGCGGCGCGGCCCCUCGCCCGCUGUGGCUGGGGCCCGGGGGAGGAGCGAGAGAGGCGGCGGCGGCAGAGGAGGGGGAGGGGGGGGGGGUUCUGUGGAGUGUGCAGGGGCGCUUGCGGGGUGCGC